AUGGUAUUAGUCUCAAGAGCUGCAUCUUUUAAGAAUACAACAAUCAGAAUGAUAUCAUCAACUAGUUCUUUAGCCCAAAAAUAUAGAAUCGAAACGGACGCAUUUGGAGAGAUUAAAGUCCCUUCCGAUAAGUAUUGGGGUGCUCAAACUCAACGUUCCCUGGAAAACUUUAAAAUUGGUGGACCAAGAGAGCGUAUGCCGCUUCCAAUUGUACAUGCAUUUGGUAUCUUGAAGAAAUCGGCUGCGAUUGUGAACGAAUCGUUGGGUACGUUAGAUCCCAAAAUUGCAGGACCAAUUAUUAAGGCUGCUGAUGAGGUUAUCCAAGGAAAAUUGGAUGAUCAUUUCCCACUCGUGGUGUUUCAGACAGGUUCAGGGACUCAAAGUAACAUGAACGCGAAUGAAGUUAUUUCCAAUAGAGCAAUCGAGUUAAUUGGUGGUGAAUUGGGGUCUAAGCAAAUCCAUCCUAACAACCACUGUAACCAAGCCCAAUCUUCUAAUGACACAUUUCCCUCUGUCAUGCAUAUUGCUGCAGUAAUGGAGAUCACUAAUUCAUUAUUACCUGAAUUAACUGCCUUGAGAAAUUCCUUUCAUAAGAAAUCAGAAGAAUUCAAGCACAUUGUGAAGAUUGGCAGAACCCAUUUGCAAGAUGCGACUCCAUUGACAUUGGGGCAGGAAUUCAGCGGUUACACGCAACAAUUGACUAACGGUUUGACACGUAUUGAGCGUUCACUAGAAAGCUUAAAAUUCUUGGCUCAAGGUGGUACUGCUGUUGGUACUGGAUUGAACACCAAGCUUGGCUUUGCAGAAAAGAUUGCAGAAGUUGUUAGCAAGGAAACUAAAAUAGACUUUAAAACUGCUCCUAACAAGUUUGAAGCUCUAGCUGCACAUGACGCUAUUGUGGAAUGCUCCGGUGCAUUGAACACAGUUGCAUGUUCAUUGUUCAAAAUCGCCAACGAUAUCAGAUAUUUAGGUUCUGGUCCACGUUGUGGUUACGGUGAAUUGUCGCUACCAGAAAACGAACCUGGUUCGUCUAUUAUGCCGGGAAAAGUGAACCCAACACAAAACGAAGCUAUGACUCAAGUAUGUGUUCAAGUAAUGGGUAACAAUGCUGCUAUUACUUUUGCUGGCGCAUCUGGUCAAUUCGAAUUGAACGUUUUCAAGCCUGUUAUGAUCAGUAAUCUUCUAAGCUCAAUUCGGUUGCUAGCUGACGCAUCUUAUUCUUUUAGGGUUCAUUGUGUAGACGGUAUUAAGGCCAACGAAGACAAAAUCUCCAAAUUGUUACAUGAGUCAUUGAUGCUUGUUACUGCAUUGAACCCCAAAAUUGGUUAUGACAAUGCUUCAAAGGUAGCAAAGAACGCUCACAAAAAAGGUAUUACUUUAAAAGAAUCCGCUUUAGAAUUGGGCGUAUUGAGUGAGGCCGAGUUUGAUGAAUGGGUCGUUCCGGAAAAUAUGAUCGGGCCAAAAUAA